AUGAUAUUUAAUUUUUAUUCUAAAUUAAAAAAAAAUUUUUUAUUAAAAAAAUUUAAAAAUAUACAAAUAAAAAAAUAUAAAAUUAAUAAAAAUAUAUAUAUAAAAAAAUUAAAUAUUUUAUUAAAAAGUAAAAAUUCAAAUUUAUUUAUUUAUAAUAUAAUAAAUUAUAAUUAUAAAAAUAUAAAAUUAUUAUAUAUAAUAAUUAAUAAAUAUAAUCUAUUUUUAUUUAAAAUAAUACAUUUUUGGUAUACAUUAUUAUACUAUAAAAUAAAUCAUAAUUAUAUAAAUAUAAUAAAAAUAAUAUUUACAUAUUUUUAA